GUGUGUCGUGAUUGUCGUGAUUUUGUGAACAAAUCAUGGCGGCUUACAGGCAGGCAAAUACGGGAUAUUUGGCAAAUACGAAAAUUUACAAAAAAGCUUUAUACGAUGGCACGGCUAUGUUCAUCAAAAAGAACAACUCUCUGUCUGGGCGUCCUGGUGCUUUCCAUCCUGCAGAUGUUAGUGUACUUUAUUUCUACACGUCAUAUAGGCAAUGUACCCAUGCGGAACGGAACGUUGAGUAUUGCUAUUUAUGGUCGACUUGGAAAUCAGAUGUUCGGGUACGCUUCCAUCCUCGGACUGGCUUACACGAUGAAUUUUAGCAAUAUUGUUAUAGAAGAUGGCGGUCAUGACCUGAUAUCAUCGUUUCAACUUUCCAACAAGAUGGUAUAUUUCUCUCCAAUACCGCUCAAUGCCAAACAUGUGGAAGAAAUGCGAUGCUGUGCUUUUGACGAAAGACUUACCAUGUUCAGUAAUAAAGAGGAUAUUAAUGUUGUCGGAUACCUAUUGUCUUGGAAAUAUUUUUAUAAUAUUGAAAAACAUAUCAGAAAGGAAUUUACUUUUGUUAUAAGUAUACUGUCGAAGGCCAAACAAAUUAAACUUGACAUCGCUUCAAUGUUUAACGACACAUCAAUAUUAAAAAACCGCACAUACAUCGGUGUACACAUUCGAAGAGGACACUUCCUCCUGGAAUCGAAAAUUAAAUUCGGUCAUUAUCCAGUUUCGAAGGACUAUAUUAUUCACGCAAUACAACUGUGCACUAAAAUGUUUGGGGAAGACAUAAUAUUCGUAUUUUGUUCUGACGACAUAAAGUGGGUAAAACGUAACUUUUCAAUCUUCACCAACAAGUGGAAGAUGGCGUUUGUCGAGGAUAACCCUGCCGCUGUUGAUAUGGCCGUUUUGAGUGUGUGCGAUCAUACCAUAGUAACAACAGGUUCUUUUGGCUGGUGGGCGGCCUGGCUGGCGGGAGGGAAAACUAUCAUUUCUAAACAGCAGGCAAGGAAUGGAUCUUACCUUAGUACUCAAUUUGCAUAUCCGGAUUACUUUUAUCCGGAUUGGAUAAUCAUCGAAUGACUGUGUUGGUAAUGCAUGUAUUGACUGGACAAGUGCCCAAAUUACUUUAUUGCUGCCUUUUACUGGUUAUGAAUUUUGCAUUUGCUUGUUAAAAACAAUAUCACCUUUCACGAUCAAUUGUAUACACUAGAUUGAUUCAUAGUUUUAUCAAGUUUGUGAAACUUAGAUAAAAACUAUGUUACUGUAUAUUUUUUAUGAUUCUAUAUUAAUUUGAAUGUUUACUUAUAUUUCUGUAUUUAAGUAUAUCCAGGGUUAUUGCUUUUCAUGAAGAAAUCUUGAUACGUAUUACUGUGCAAUCAAAUUAUUUUUUAUAGAAAAGGUAGAAAUCCAUUUUUAUCUCCUUUUUAUCACAAAUUAUUCAAAGCAUUAUAAAUCAAUAUCUGAAAUAAAUAAUAAUUUGUUUAAAUAAUGUGUGUGCUUAUGGUGGGAGUAUGUGUGUGCAUGUAUGUAAGAGUAUGUGUGUGUUGGUAUGUGUGAAUGUGCAUGCGCAUGGAAGUUUAUCUUAAGAUCUUAAGCAGGCUUGUCAUGAAAAGAACGAAUUGCAUGCAUUGAUUGUAUUCCUAAUGUCCUAUAAUUAUUCCCUUUGUUCGCUUCUGCCGGUUAUUUAACCCUGCCCCAAAACAGAUUUAAAUCAGAAUUAAAAGCAAUGAUGUACCAAUUCGGUCUUUUCGUAACUAAGAAGUUGUCUCCCAUUCGGGUAGGUAUCACGAGUAUCCCGGGUAAACAUAUAGGCUUCGUAUUUUAAGUUAUCUGGAUAUUGGAUAUGAACUGUUGAAAUAUUAACGAAAAAUCUAACAUUUUACCGGGACAUGCAUUGCUUUUCAAUAACAGCGCAACUAUAAUGGUUAUAAUCAUUCUUGAAACAUUUAAAUGUAGUACUACGAUAUCCUGUGUUUAUUUGAAUAAAU